AUGGCGGAGGAGGCGGAGGAUCCGUCGCCGCGGGUGGGAGCGUGGUUGCCGGUGUUGGUGGAGCAGAUGGUGAACGACACGCUGGUGGUGACGCUGAGCUGCGGGGAACGCCGCUUUACCGGCGUCCUGCUGGACUGCACCAAGAAGUCUGGGCUGUUUUGCCUCCCGUCCUCCCUCCCCAAGCCUGAGGAUCCUCAUGCCAACGGAGUCGCCGACAGCGGGGACGCUGCGCAGAGCGCGACGGAGCCGCAUCCCACCAGCCAGCAGCCCCCCAAGGGCAGGGGAGAUGAGCAGGUGCCCCCUCUGCUGCCUGCCCCGCCAGCGGGCAGCCUGCCCCCCUACCCGCCCUACUUCGAGGGAGCCCCCUUCCCCCGGCCGCUCUGGCUGCGGCACACCUACCAGCAGUGGGUUCCUCAGCCACCACCACGGACCAUCAAGAGGACACGGCGGCGCCUGUCGCGGAACCGUGACCCGGGCAGGCUGAUCAUGAGCACCAUCAGGCUGCGACCCCGGCAGGUGCUCUGCGAGAAGUGCAAGAACACCCUGAACCCCGAGGACACUGGCGCCCCCCGGCAGAGCACCAAGACCAGGAGGAGGCUGAGCAUCCAGGACAAGGAGCAGAAGAAGCACAGCGACUCCGACUACACGGAGAAGAGGAACAAGCGAGAGAAGAGGGAGGACGAGAAGUUCUCUGGGGAGCUGGUGCAUCGCACGCCGGUGAUCAAAAUCUCCUACAGCACUCCACAGGGGAAAGGAGAGGUGGUCAAGAUCCCUUCCCGGGUUCACGGCUCCGUCAAACCCUUCUGCCCGGAGCGGAUGCUGCAGAACGGAGGGGAGGACCAAGAGGAGGGCAGAGACUCAGAGCGGUGUCGAGAAACCAAAUGCUGCCUGGAGAAGUCGGCGGGCGGGCAGCUGGCUUCCAUCCCCAAGCUGAAGCUGACGCGGCCGGUGCCUGCCAGCGCCGAGGCGCCGCCCCCCAAGAUCCGGCUGAAGCCUCACCGCAUCAGCGACGGGCAGAGUGUUUCCAUCUACAAGGCGGAACUCAUCGAUGAGAUCAAUGUCCUCCAGAGCAGCCGGGACCCCGACCCUGCCGCCUUCUACAACGACGAGUCUGCCGACAGGAGCUUGGCCGAGAUGUCUUCGGGGAGCUCGGGGGAAGAUGACGACUUCAAAAGGUUCCCCCAGGGCAAAGACGGGCACGAGAACCUGGCAUUCCUGAUGAACUACCGCAAGAGGAAAGCGGACUCCUCCAGCUUGUCCGUCUGCAGCAACGACAGCCUGGACGAGUCCAAGUCCUCUAGCUCAGAGGUGACGUCUCCGGAGCUGUGUGACUUUCUGCCUGGUGACGAGGCCUCCGUCUCUUCCUCUUCCAAAGACGAGCGCAAGAUGGUGCCGCCCCUGACCGUGAGGCUGCACACCCAGAGCGUAGCCAAGUGCGUGACGGAGGACGGCAGGACCGUGGCCGUGGGGGACGUUGUUUGGGGUAAAAUCCAUGGGUUUCCGUGGUGGCCAGCGCGCGUACUGGACAUAAACCUUAGCCAGAAGGAGAGCGGGGAGCCCUCGUGGCGAGAAGCGAAAGUGUCGUGGUUCGGUUCUCCCACCACCUCCUUCUUGUCUGUUUCAAAACUCUCCCCCUUCUCCGAGUUUUUCAAGCUGAGGUUUAACCGCAAGAAGAAGGGGAUGUAUCGCAAAGCCAUCACGGAAGCCGCCAAGGCCGUAGAGCAUCUGACUCCAGAAAUCAGAGAUCUCUUAACGCAGUUUGAGACAUAACCUGGCCUCCAGCAUCAUCAGGUAACAGAAGAUAAGAGCACAGCUGUUCUCCUAGAGGGUCACCAAGGCUGUCAGCACCCUGGCACACUCCCCAGGAGAAGCUGGAGGCUGCCAUGCGCGUGGCAGGAGGACGCCUUCCCUUGUCGGAUUGCGCUGCUCUUCGUCCAGGACAGGGGACAGGCACCGGGACCUGCAGUCAGAGGUGGCUCUUCUGG